AUGCGACAGCGACGAUGGGUCGAAGAUGCGACACUAGCGGAAGCGACGGUCGAAGAAGCAGCUCCGACUGAGGAACCGGUAACAGACGAGGUAGCACCAGCGGUGCAGGCAGCGCCAGCUGCUACCGCGGAGGAGGCACCUGCUGUAGCCGCUCGAGAACCAGCAGCGGAAGAGGCUGCUGCACCAGCUGAGGCAGACCCAGCUGCAGCUGAGGAAGCACCGGCAGCGGCUGACGAAGAGGCUUCUCCUGCUGAGGCGACACCAGCGGAAGCUGCUGAGGGGGCGCCAGCGGCCGCUGCUGAGGGGGCGCCAGCGGCCGCUGAUGAAGUAAGCAGCGGAAUUCGCUGAAGACUUCGAGAAGGAAGAAUAAAUCUAAAGAUUGACGUAAAGGUAAAAGGAGUCGUAUGUGGUUAUAAUACUCAUGUGGACAAGGGUACAGAUAGCAGUCUAAAAGACUUACAUAGAUAGGCUGGUAUGGAUUACAGAAGACUGGCACUAAAAACUAGACUGAAAAUAGCCGUAUUUUUCUAAUUCUUGGCUCGUCAGGGGAGCGCCCGAACCUGAUGAUAGAUAGAAACUUCAAGAAGCAGUAACAUCUAAAUUACAGAGAUCGUCACAAUGCCAUACUUACACCAGAGCAACAAGAUUUGCACAGGAAAUAUGAAUUAUUUAGAUAGGAAACGGAAUUUAUACACCAGCUGAAUAACCUGGGUGAUGAACAGUUGAAGCGCCAAAUACGCAGCUGCAUAUAAGUAAUUUCAUAUCAGUGAUCAGCUGAAGUGAACAGCUACACUAAGGGCAGAAGAACAGGUACGAUAAUCAUGCAUAUCAAGACCUUCUAAAUGAGAGUAUCAGCAACGAGGGGAAUUCUAACAUCAGUAAGAUUUAGGAACGGUGUAACAAGUGGCAAUUGGAACCAGAAUCUAUCUAUUUCAAUGGGCUCACGCGAGAGCUCCUCAUCUUCUAAUGAUUGAUCCUCUAAAGAUUGUACAAUAAAAAGGUUGGUAAUGCAACUAGGUGUUAACUAUUAUAGAUCUAGUCUACAAUGGACUCUCAGCAGUCACAGGGCUUUCCCUUACAACCUAAAUUCGGGGUUAAAACCUCGGGUUCACAACUAACGUCCCACUGAAUCGAGAUCUAAAAAAUCAUGCUCCACAGGGAAAGAUGUCUUACCAAAAGCUGCUCGCGCAUCGAGAUCAACUCUCGAAAAUCUAAAUCCUGUCUCAGUGUUCGUAGUGCCGGAUCGAGCUGUCUUCCAAAGGGUCGUAGAACAGAUCUAAACAGGGUGAAUCUAUCUGCAGAAGUCAAGAAAGAUCAGC